CUAUCUAAAGUCAUAUAUGCUCGUAAAGAAAAUAAAUCAAUACAAGUAUAGGAAGCAAAUGCUAUCCCAAGUAAAUAUAGCAUCGUCUCCAAUGGCGCUUCAACUGCCAAUAUUCCCGCCGCUGUCUUCCUUAUCUUCUUCACACUGCAAAAUUUGCUCAAUCCCCUUCUCACCCUUUACUCAUAAACACCUUUUAUCUGUCUCCAAUGUACAAAAUUUUCGAUUUAGCAGAAGCAGAAGCGAUUCUUUGGAGCCUCUGUUAGUGAGUAAAGAAGACACCCAGUUGACGAAUGAGGAAGAAAGUUCCAUUUCUACUGUUACCCAACAAGAGGACGAUGACCCAGAUCCUGAAUCCCUUGAAUACGUUUCUCAAAUUAAACGAGCGUUGGAGCUUCUCAAGAGGAAUCGAGAUAUGCUGUUCGGUGAGGUUAAAUUGACUAUAAUGAUUGAAGAUCCCAGGGAUGUUGAGCGAAGGCGGCUGCUUGGCAUUGACGAUGAAAAUGCUCCAACGAGGGAUGACUUAGCUGCCUGUUUAGAAGAAAUAAAUGAAGGGAAACUACCAAAAGAUCGGGUUGCUCUGCAGAUGCUUGCGGAAGAGAUGAAUUCGUGGCCUAAUUUGGAGGUUGAAGUCUCAAAGCAAAAUAAGAGCAGAUCCCUGUAUGCAAAAGCCACAGACACUGGUAUUGAUCCAAAAGAGGCUGCUAAGCGGCUCAAGAUUGACUGGGAUUCAGCAGCUGAGAUUGAGGUGGCAGCUGAUAGUGAUGAACCAGACGUUCCUCCAGCUCUGGGAUAUGGAGCUUUAUACUUGGUCUCUGCAUUUCCAAUCAUCAUUGGCAUCUCUGUUGUGUUGAUUCUGUUCUAUAAUUCUCUACAGUGAUACACCUUUUGGCAUUUUUGCAGGGUCGAUAAAUUGUCAGUGUACAUGAUUUCUCCUUCGUGGAACUUAAAUUUUUGCCAUAGAAAAUUUAUGUGUAUCUAUUUUUAUAUAGAGGCUCAUGAUGUAUUGCGUAAAUUCUCCCCUCUCCAGGUACCAAAUUCAUUCUAAAUAUACUAUGUGAGUGUAUAUUUUAGCUAUAUGUAAGUGAAUCAGUUAGAUCUCUUGCAUACGCGACGGUGUCGUUUUGUCUCAUCUCAAUAAUUUAGUUAGUUGUAUAAUUCUAUUA